CUCCUGUUCGCUGGCUCUGGAACCGCGACUACUGGAGCCUUAGUGGGCUGCAGUCGGAGUCACGGUCCGGCCCCAGAGCCCGGAGGCGGCCUGGUCGGGGAGGGUGCAGGGGGAGCGCGGUGGGCGCAGCCUCGAGCCCCGGAGCGCGCCCCAGCCCUUAGCUCGGGCUCGCCCCGGUAGCUGAGGCGCGAUCAGUCGCUGCACUGACAGGGGCCGCGCGCGCGGGAGUCGGCGGGGUCGCGGCACCCGCACCUGCGCCCGCAGCCAGCGCGGGGUCCCCGCCCGGCUGGGCAGGCGAAGAGGCCGGGGAGCGGGUGCGGGCGCAGGCACAGCCCCGCGGGGCCACCUCCUCGCUCCGCGGCCGCCGCUGGAAGAUGUCUCAGGAGAGGCCCACGUUCUACCGGCAGGAACUGAACAAGACCAUCUGGGAGGUGCCCGAGCGUUACCAGAACCUGUCCCCGGUGGGCUCCGGCGCCUAUGGCUCCGUGUGUGCUGCUUUUGACACAAAAACUGGGUUACGUGUGGCAGUCAAGAAGCUAUCCAGACCAUUUCAAUCCAUUAUUCAUGCCAAAAGGACCUACAGAGAGCUGCGAUUGCUGAAACAUAUGAAACAUGAAAAUGUGAUUGGUCUGUUGGAUGUUUUUACACCUGCAAGAUCUCUGGAGGAAUUCAAUGAUGUGUAUCUGGUGACCCAUCUCAUGGGGGCAGAUCUGAACAACAUUGUGAAAUGUCAGAAGCUUACGGAUGACCAUGUUCAGUUCCUUAUCUACCAAAUCCUCCGAGGUCUCAAGUAUAUACAUUCAGCUGAUAUAAUUCACAGGGAUCUAAAGCCUAGUAACCUAGCUGUGAAUGAAGACUGUGAGCUGAAGAUCUUGGAUUUUGGACUGGCUCGACAUACAGAUGAUGAAAUGACAGGCUAUGUGGCCACUAGGUGGUACAGGGCUCCUGAGAUCAUGCUGAACUGGAUGCAUUACAACCAGACAGUUGAUAUUUGGUCAGUGGGAUGCAUUAUGGCUGAGCUGUUGACUGGAAGAACAUUGUUUCCUGGUACAGACCAUAUUGAUCAGUUGAAGCUCAUUUUAAGACUCGUUGGAACCCCAGGGGCUGAGCUUUUGAAGAAAAUCUCCUCAGAGUCUGCAAGAAACUACAUUCAGUCUCUGACCCAGAUGCCGAAGAUGAACUUUGCAAACGUAUUUAUUGGUGCCAACCCCUUGGCUGUCGACUUGCUGGAAAAGAUGCUGGUAUUGGACUCAGAUAAGAGAAUCACAGCAGCCCAAGCCCUUGCACAUGCCUACUUUGCUCAGUACCACGAUCCUGAUGAUGAACCAGUGGCUGAUCCUUACGAUCAGUCCUUUGAAAGCAGGGACCUCCUUAUAGAUGAAUGGAAAAGCCUGACCUACGAUGAAGUCAUCAGCUUUGUGCCACCACCCCUUGACCAAGAAGAGAUGGAGUCCUGAGCACCUGAUUUCUGUUCUGUUGAUCCCACUUCACUGUGAGGGGAAAGCCUUUUCAUGGGAACUCUCCAAAUAUCAUUCAA